CCCCCGGCGUGUAUAUUCCGUUUUCCCCAAAAAGACGCCUACAAAAAAAUCUUCUUCCUAAAUUCUUCCACCAUUUCUUUCCUAAAUUCUUCUUCCUGACAAAAAUUUAUUUAUUUCCACCCAUAAUUCAAUUCAGGGAACAAUAGUGCGUUACUUAAAUUUUCGAUUAAAAUUCUCUCCAAUUCUUUUGCAUUCUGCAUGGUCUAUAAUACAGAGAAUUGAAUUGAAUGGCCAUCGACCACCCUUCGCCAGGUGGGUGGUGGUGGGUUUGAUUAUUUAUAUUCUUGAAGAAGAGCAGUCUGAGUCUCGCAUGCAUGCGAGUUAGAUGGAUGAAUUGCCAGGGACUUUGGGGACGAGUGCCAGCUUGGCUCUUCGUUUGGGACAGUUCGUCUUCGCUGUUGCUUCAAUCCUAUUUAUGUGUGUGCAAGUGGAUUUCUACGGUUACACUGCUUUCUGUUUCUUGGUAACCGUCAUGGGUCUAGAUGUUCCAUGGAGCUUGACACUGGCACUGGUGGAUGCAUUCUCCGUCUUUGUCAGAAGUUCAUAUCGUCAACCAGGAAUAAUAUCAAUCAUUGUUAUAGGAGAUUGGGUUCUCUCAUUUCUGUCACUGGCUGCCGCCUGCUCAACUGCUAGUGUGGCGGAUCUCUUGAUCACUUCUGGUGGCUCCUUCUGCUCUGGGAAGUUAUGCAGCAGAUAUCAACUCUCUGCUGCUAUGGCCUUCCUGUCUUGGUUUCUGUCAUUAGGCUCCUUUCUCUUCAACCUUUGGCUUCUCCAAUCUUUAUAGUCCCAUGUAUACAUCAGGCCAUUGCCAUCUAUAGAAUUUCAAUGAUUUAUUUUGUGAUUUUUAUUUGCCCGAGUUUGAUAUUUCUGCACCUAUAGUGUUCAAAUUGCUCAAAUAUACAGAUAUCUAGGAUUUAGGAAAGGUCAAAUGUAUGCAGCUUGCAUUCGGAGAGGUUUUAUCCG